AUGUCCAGAACGUCGCCGCGAUACUUUUCCACUGCACGAAGCCUCGCUAGCCGUGCUCCUCGGGUCGGCGGCACAAGGACGCUCGCAUCAGCCCACUCUGCGCGACAACAACUUCACGGGCCUGCCACCCCGUCAGGCUUCACCGCACCGCACAAGUCUACGAUCAGAUCGAUUUCGUCAACACGAACCACCCUGAGGGAAGCUACGGCGUCCUCCGAUGGGUCCGACUUGCACAGUGGGAAGCCUCGGCUGCAGCCGAAUGACCUCUUUCACCCUCUCUCGACAUCGCCUCUACCCGAAAUGCGAAGGAAGGCCGAGUUCAUAAAGCAACACGCCUAUUGCCCCCACCCGGAGCAUCGAUUGACUCGGUUGCCGACUGUGGCGCCCAAGGAAGACGAGGAGGCAAAGCAAGGCGGACACCUAGCGCCGGCCCACGUGAACUUUGAGUGUCCAGACUGCGGUGUUCCCGUCUACUGUAGCGAGGGCCAUUGGAUGAGUGACUACGAGGCGCAUCUUGAGAUUUGCGAUACCCUACGUGAAAUCAACGAAGAUGAACAUGACUUGAGGUCCGGCCGCGUCUUUCCGGAAUUCCAGUUUGGCGAAGAUCAACUUCCCGAAGCCGUGGUCAACCUCUCCAACUGGGAUGCGUUCAUGUACUCCCGGCGGUACAGCGCAAUCAACGAGGAUAGGUCUAUGCGGCAUGCCACGAGACUCUUGACCUAUCCCGUCACCGUCGGCAGCGUCUUGCAUGACUUGUCACCGUAUAACGUCCGGAACCGGCUGACUACAGAGGGCUUGAAGAGUUUUAGUGCCCUGCGCUAUUCACUUCACCCGCCUAGGACCGGAGGAGGAACGGAUAUCAAGGGUCUCCGUCCUACGCCCCCGGCCAUGAGGCUCUUCAUCCUCGGUGCUCGGGCCGAGUCGUCGCUGCCCCGCAAUGCGUGGAUGGAGUUGGCGCACCUGUUCCCCGAGUCCAGACUUCAUCUCGUAUUCAUCGGGCCGGAAAGUAUGGCAAACCGCGAUGACGAGUUUCCCCUACCGGAGCGAACUCCUUCAAACCCCUUUGGUAUGGUGAUCGAGGAUCGCGUCUCGCAAAACAUGAAGAUCAGCACGAUUGUGGACUACUACCACACCAUCCACAAGACUGGCUACUUCGCUCCCUAUGACCCGUACUUUGACUGCUUCGUCCUAUUCCAUCCUGGCCUCGGCCACCCCGCCAGUAGCCACGAGUGGACCGAGACCCUACCCAUGCUCUUGGAGACCAAAAUUCCCAUCAUCUGCACAGGAUACACGCAAUUCGAUAUGCAAAGAGAUAUCGACUGGAUACACGACACGGCCCGAGGGGAAUUCGACAUGCUGUUAGAGCCCGGCGAGAAUAUGUUCCGAAGCCUCAAAUGGGACCUCAACGACCUGGAUCCCCAGGAUGAACACACCACCAUCGACCCGGGCUCAACACCUCAUCCCACCACCGCGCCGCACUCCUCGUGCUAUGGCCGCGUAGGGUGCCUGCCCAAGGUCGCCAUGGCAGUGCCCGCCACCGCCCCUCGGAGCCCGUCCGCACCAAACCCGAUUCCUCAAUCCAGAACUGCCUCGCACGCCUCGGUCGCAGGCGCAGGCGCAGGCGCGCCGGCGCCGGUGUCUCGGCGAUCUGCCCGCAGUAGCCCAUCCGACUACCUCUCCGACAAGGCCACGACCGCAUUCGUCCGCCGCGUUCUCUGCCCCCAGCAGAAUGGAGACACGAAUAGGAACGCGGCAGGCCCGAUAGAUGAGCUGCUACCCCCUCUUACCAGCCGAAAUGACGUCGACCUCCAGCUCUAUGCCAUUCUGGCAGUUGUUCUAAAGGAAUUUGUGCAAGCUUGGUACAGCAAGAUCACCCCGGACGAGACCUUUGUGGCGGAGAUUGUGCAAAUAAUUGCGCACAUCACAAGAGCGCUAGAACAACGGCUUCGGAAGGUCGACCUCGAGAGCCUACUCCUCGACGAAAUUCCGGACCUUCUUGAUAGACAUAUCACUGGUAAAGCCGCCCGUCGUGCCGCCCGAAAUCCAAUAGCGCGGCCACCAGUUGAGGUGAACCCUCGCGAGGUCUAUCAUUCGCUUUGCCCGGUCCCCUACCUCUCUCCCGUGCCCGAUCCAGGAUCGCCUGAGACGCUGGAACUCCAAACUGAAAAUGAGAAGGCGUACAGGAAGCUUCUCGUCCAGGGCGUCCUUGCAAUUCUAUUGCCUACGGAAGACCUCGAGAAUCCCUGUCUAACGUCCCUCGUCGGUGCGAUACUAUCCGAAAUGAUUAUUGGCAACGUCAUUGCGAACAAGGCCUCCCAGCCAUGGCUGCUUUGGGAAGGCAUGUCUAUCCUCGCUCGAAACGCGACCGAGGCGAAGAGGCGCCGCAAGAAGCGAGGAGAUGCUAAGCCGAGCUCCGCCUCAGCUGCACAGGGUUUUUCUUUUCAAGGCCUGCUAUUUUCCGCUCUCCAUUGGGUGUUCCUUGCGUACACCUCCAUCCGGUUUCUCGUCACAACGAUAGCCACCGCCUCUUCAUUUCCGCGAAGAACGAGCCGCAUAACUGGCGAAAAGAGAGAUCUGACGAGUCAAGACACAACGGACGAUACGAAUGCGGAUUCGGCUGAAGUUGACCAGGUUAGAGCCCCCUUUGUGGGCUUUCGGAUCUGGACAUGUAUUGGCAACUUGAUUGAGCUCCAGAGUCGACACUCUCCCACCUCUUUCAUGACCGCGUUCUCGACCCUGCGCGCCUACCCUCGCUACUUCGCACCCUCAGAGCCGCCCUCUUCCCAAAUAACGCACCCGGCACGCCUUCCCUUUUCCCCCACCUCGGACGAGCAGCUCCUUGCUCUCCGUCGACGCACCGCCGCGUCCCUCGCUUCUCUCGCGCCCUCGUGGCUCACUUCGCUCUAUUUUGGCGGCCGUCCACCAAAAACCCCGUCUUCUCCGCAUCACGCCAACGGGGUCGACGCCGAGGUAGUUGAUGCCGUGGACGAUGCUAUUCUUGAUAUUUUUGCCGAUGAGUACUGCAACAAACACCUCAUGUACGGUGUCCUCGAGUUGGUCUUGAUCCGCCUGUUGCCGGAGCUAGCUGAGAAACCAAUCUCAGAGCUGUGGGAAGACAGGCUCAGCUAA